AAUUUCCUUAGAGGUUCUUUUUCCUCUGCAGUUUCCUUGUCUUUUGCCUCUUCUUCAGGCAUGUGUUCACUAGAUGAUAGGAACUUUUUGCAUCUAUUAUAAUCUUAAGAGCUCACCAUCAUAUAUAUGUUCUGUAUUGACCAAAACAUCAUUCUGUGGUACAUGACUGUAUUUCUUAGUUGUUUAUAUAAUUUCCAUUUACAUUCCAUUAGCCCAGAACUUAUUUCAUGGAUGUGUUUCUCUGUGAGAGUGGCUGGAAAUCUGGUGUUUAAUUUUAGUAUGUUCCCAGCUAAGAACUCUGUGACUGUCAGUCACUGCCCCAAGACCUAUCCAAUGCUUGCCCCUUGAAUGGUAUAGCCUGCUGAGUCUGCAGCUAUCUUUCUAUGAAGGCCCCUACCCAUGCAUUUUGGGGAACUUGCAUCUGUAAUUUGUUACCUUUAAAUCUUUGCUUUUCUAAAUGUUCCUUUCUGAUCCUAGGGAGAAAAGCCAAAUGUGAAUCCUCCCAAUUCCAGUGCACGAAUGGCCGCUGCAUUACUCUGCUAUGGAAAUGUGAUGGAGAUGAAGACUGUGUUGAUGGCAGUGAUGAAAAGAACUGUGUAAAGAAGACAUGUGCUGAGUCUGACUUCGUGUGCAACAAUGGCCAGUGUAUUCCAAACCGAUGGCAGUGUGAUGGGGAUCCUGACUGUGAAGAUGGUUCUGAUGAAAGUCCAGAACAGUGCCAUAUGAGAACAUGCCGCAUAAAUGAAAUCAGCUGUGGCGCCCGUUCUACUCAGUGUAUCCCAGUGUCCUGGAGAUGUGAUGGUGAAAAUGAUUGUGACAGUGGAGAAGAUGAAGAAAACUGUGGCAAUAUAACGUGUAGCCCUGAUGAGUUCACUUGCUCCAGCGGUCGCUGCAUCUCCAGGAACUUUGUGUGCAAUGGCCAGGAUGACUGUAAUGAUGGCAGUGACGAGCUUGACUGUGCCCCACCAACCUGUGGUGCCCAUGAGUUCCAGUGCAGCACCUCCUCCUGCAUCCCCAUCAGCUGGGUGUGCGAUGAUGAUGCAGACUGCUCAGACCAAUCAGAUGAGUCCCUUGAGCAGUGUGGCCGCCAGCCAGUAAUACACACCAAAUGCCCAGCCAGCGAAAUCCAGUGCGGCUCUGGGGAGUGUAUUCACAAGAAGUGGCGAUGUGAUGGGGACCCUGAUUGCAAGGAUGGUAGUGAUGAGGUCAACUGUCCUUCUCGGACCUGCCGACCUGACCAGUUUGAAUGUGAGGAUGGUAGCUGCAUCCAUGGCAGCAGGCAGUGUAAUGGCAUCAGAGACUGUGUCGAUGGUUCUGAUGAAGUCAACUGCAAAAAUGUCAAUCAGUGCUUGGGUCCUGGAAAAUUCAAGUGCAGAAGUGGGGAAUGCAUAGAUAUCCUCAAAGUAUGUAACCAGGAGCAGGACUGCAGAGACUGGAGUGAUGAGCCCCUGAAAGAAUGUCAUGUCAAUGAAUGCUUGGUAAAUAAUGGUGGUUGUUCCCAUAUCUGCAAAGACCUAGUUAUAGGCUACGAGUGCGACUGUGCAGCUGGGUUUGAACUGAUAGAUAGAAAAAUUUGUGGAGAUAUUGAUGAAUGCCAAAAUCCGGGAAUCUGCAGUCAAAUUUGUAUCAACUUAAAAGGCGGUUACAAGUGUGAAUGUAGUCGUGGCUAUCAAAUGGAUCUUGCCACUGGCGUGUGCAAGGCAGUAGGCAAAGAGCCAAGCCUGAUCUUUACUAAUCGAAGAGACAUCAGGAAAAUUGGCUUGGAAAGGAAAGAGUAUAUCCAACUUGUUGAACAGCUAAGAAACACUGUGGCUCUUGAUGCUGACAUUGCUGCUCAAAAACUAUUCUGGGCUGAUCUAAGCCAAAAAGCCAUCUUCAGUGCCUCAAUUGAUGACAAAGUUGGUAGACAUGUUAAAAUGAUCGACAAUGUCUAUAAUCCUGCAGCCAUUGCUGUUGAUUGGGUGUACAAGACCAUCUACUGGACUGAUGCGGCUUCUAAGACUAUUUCAGUAGCUACUGUAGACGGAACCAAGAGGAAGUUCCUGUUUAAUUCUGACUUGCGAGAGCCUGCCUCCAUAGCCGUGGACCCAUUGUCUGGCUUUGUUUAUUGGUCAGACUGGGGUGAACCAGCUAAGAUAGAAAAAGCAGGAAUGAAUGGAUUUGAUAGACGUCCAUUGGUGACCUUGGACAUCCAGUGGCCUAAUGGAAUUACACUUGAUCUUAUAAAAAGCCGUCUCUAUUGGCUUGACUCCAAGUUGCACAUGCUAUCCAGUGUGGACUUGAAUGGUCAAGAUCGUAGGAUAGUGCUAAAGUCUCUGGAGUUUCUGGCUCAUCCUCUUGCACUAACAAUAUUUGAGGAUCGUGUCUACUGGAUAGAUGGGGAAAAUGAAGCAGUCUAUGGUGCCAAUAAAUUCACUGGAUCAGAGCUGGCUACUCUAGUCAACAACCUUAAUGAUGCCCAAGACAUCAUUGUAUACCAUGAACUCGUACAGCCAUCAGGUAAAAAUUGGUGUGAAGAAGACAUGGAGAAUGGAGGAUGUGAAUACCUCUGUUUGCCAGCACCACAGAUUAAUGAUCAUUCUCCAAAAUAUACCUGUUCCUGUCCCAAUGGGUACAAUCUAGAGGAAAAUGGGAGAAAGUGUCAAAGUACUGGAACUACUGUGGCUUACAGUGAGAAAAAAGAUACCGACACAACAGAAAUUCCAGCAACUAGUGGACUAGUUCCUGGAGGUAUUGGGUUCGGGAUCAAUGUGACCACUGCAGUAUCAGAGGUCAGUGUUCCCCCUAAAGGGACUUCUGCUGCCUGGGCUAUCCUUCCUCUCUUGCUCUUAGUUAUGGCAGCAGUGGGUGGCUACUUGAUGUGGCGGAAUUGGCAACACAAGAACAUGAAAAGCAUGAACUUUGACAACCCUGUGUACUUGAAGACCACUGAAGAGGAUCUCUCAAUAGAUAUUGGUAGACACAGUGCUUCUGUUGGACACACUUACCCAGCAAUAUCAGUUGUAAGCACAGAUGAUGAUCUUGCUUGACUUCUGAGACAAGUCUUGACCUUUGAGGUCUAAACCAAUAACACCCCACAUCAGAAUGGUAACCGAGCCAGCGCUGAAGUCUCCUUCUUCCUCCCGUCUGGAAGAACAUCAAGAUAUCUUAGCAUGGAUCAAGCUCCUGUACUUGACCAUUUUUAUAUUACUUUUGUAAAUAUUCUUGUCCACAUUCUACUUCAGCUUUGGAUGUGGUUACGAAGUAUCUGUAACCCUUGAGUUUUUAGACAGUAUUGCCACUUCUGGCCAAAUAUGCACUUUCCCUAGAAAGCCAUAUUCCAGCAAUGAAAAUUGUGCUAUAGUGUAUACCACCUGUACAUACAUUGUAUAGGCCAUCUGUAAAUAUCUCAGAGAACAAUCACUAUUCUUAAGCACUUUGAAAAUAUUUCUAUGUAAAUUAUUAUAAACUUUUUCAGUGGUUGGGACAAUGGCAAUAGGAUAAAACGGGUUACUAAGAUGAAAUUGCCAAAAAAUUUGUAAACUAAUUUUGUACGUAUGAAUGAAAUCUUUGACCUCAAUGGAGGUUUUCAAAGACUGAGUGUUCAAACUACUGUACAUUUUUUUCAAGUGCUAAAAAAUUAAACCAAGCAGCUUAACCAUGGUUUGUGCCUGUUCCUCCAAGGUGAACUCCCAUGACAGCCUGAGUAGUAUCAAGUGUUCUAAUUAACUGUAAGAGCUACUGUUCUUGAUGUUGUAAUUGGUCUAGUUUAUCUUACAACUAACUACUAAAAAAUGAGAAAUCACUAAACAUUUGUUCCCCCAAAUAUUUCUUACUUUUUAAGAUCUGGUACCCAGAAUUCCUGUUGCUUAUAGAAGACUUCCUUUUCUCAUUUGCUUUCUGAUCUAGAAACAUGUGCUAAGAUUCCUAUCAGUUCUCUUGUUUUUCCUGAAGUCUGUGUUGUCCAUGUUCUGCCAUGAUAUAUAGGUCAAGUGCAAGUACUUUCUAAGGCAUGGAAAAGGGCUUUCUUAUAAAAAUCUGAAUGAUCUUACUAUGAAGAAAGAUAGGUAGGAUAAAAAAUAGCAUCAAUGAACAAUCUAAGACAGUGAUUCUCAGUGUGGUCCUAGAAAAAGCAGCACCUGAAUUGCUUGGGAGCACAGGAGAAAUGCAGAUUCUUAGGGCUCACCCAAGACCUACUGAAUCAGAAACCCUAGAAGUGGGGUCCAGAAAUCUGAGUUUUCACAUCCCUUCAGGUAAUAUUGAUAUAACCUAAUGUUUGAAAACUGCUGUUCUAAUGUGAUUUCAUAGAGAAUGUAACUGUAAUAUUUUCAAAGUUGCCAGCUUGGAUGGCCCAGAACUGUUUUCUUCUAUAGGCAAUUUCUGGAACUUUCAGGAUGAAGAACAAAUAAGGAAUAAAUUGGCGUGGGAAGUUUAGUGAGUUUCACAUCUGGCUGGCCAUCACUUCUUUAAAGUCUCAACAUGACUGGAAGCAAGGAAAAGAUACAAGGCUUGAAGCAAUGAGAGGAUGCUCUAAGUAUAGCAUGAGGUGAGCAGCUGACUGUGGAAGGUGCAAUGAUCUCUACAGGAUGUAAUGACUGAUGCAACAUCAAGAGGAUGAACAGAAGAUGAUUCAAGUAGCCAAAUGGACCAGCUGUGGCUCAUUUUUCACUUGCAUAUGGAAUAUAAGACAGUUAACAUCUUGGGUUUGGCUUAGGGGAAAAGAUGAGUAAUACUAGAUGGAGGGUAAGUUGGUUUUCUUAUGGCAUUGUGAUUUUGGUCAAAGGGAUGAGGAGAAAGGAUGGGCUGAAUUUUAUUUUGUGGGAGGUAUGGAAAUCAAGCCUGCAGAGGAAAAGACUGCCAUUAAGGUAGGACUGUCUGCUGUCCACCUGUUUCCUACUCUACAAAUAGUAAUCAGAAUGAAUAGUGAACAUAUGGAAUGUGGCCUGCUGACAGGGAGCAGCUGAAGUGCCUACUUGGUAAGUAUGUUAGCAUUCACUAUAUCUAAACUCUGAAGCCCAUGUCUGUGGUACUUUGACCCUGCUAUAAUACAAAAACCACUGGUUUUUUAAAUUAUAGUAAUACCAAAUUCCCUUAAGUAAUUCCCAAAUUCCCUGCUUAAAGAUACCAGUGUGUUUCCCAAGUAUAAUGAUAUAAAAUAUUAAUCAGCCAUAAGAUUCAAAGUCAUAGAUUUUGCAAAUAAAAUAAAACAUCGCUCUCUAUCAUCUUCUUUAGGAUUCUAAUUCCUAAUGUGUUAUUUCAGUUUUGGGGUGCAAAUUUCCAAUCCUAAAAGAGUUUAAGUCAUCUAAUUUUUUUUAACCUUGUCCUCCUCUGUAAAAAUCCAAUAUACAGGAUAUUGUAUGUAACUUAAGUGAUAUAAACUCAUUUGAAAAAAUGAAGUAACUAAAUAUUUCUAUUGAGAUAAGAAUAGUUAAAUGGCUAGAUUGCUAGUCAGCUCAGCAUAUCAUAAUAAUUCAUGAAUGACUAGAGCCCUGGGCUUUAUCACCCAAACUACAUCUUAAAGAAUCCUAUGUGAGAUGUGUUGGCAUAAGUUUGCUGUGUCUCUAGAGUUUAAUUUAGGAGGGGACAAUUAAUUAAGAUGGAAAAAUAUGAAGCUUAACAAACCCAAGAUAAAUGAGCCUGUCACAUGAAGCAACUAAAAUUGGGUUCUCCAGAGACUUAAAGAAUUUCUACCAAAGAUAGACGAAACAACAGAUUGGUGGUCCCUGGUAAAGAAAUCUAGCCAAGUCUGAGUCCAAAUUUUUGGUCUUUGAAAGUAAUAUGCUAUUUGGCAAGAAGGAGUCUUAGUUGAUCACUGAUGCCCUUAAUGCAUACAAAUAGCUAUUUUAAAGCCUUGGAAUCAAGACCCAUUUUGGGGUCUUAAUGAACAUGAGGCCAAAAAAACAAAGUAAAAAAUAGAAGCUUCAACUUUGGUACGUACUUCUGUUUCUUAUAUCAUUGCAAAUGUGAUAUUCCCUCUCAAAAAUGACAAGAUACAACUAUAUUGCAUUUAAAGAACAAACUUUUCAAUUAAGAGCACUGUAAAAAUUUAAGACCAACCUAAAGUCUAGCUUUUAACUGUCUUCACCCUAAACCAAAUGAUUCUGGUGGGGUUUCUCUGUACUCUGUGGUCUAACUAGGGUGAUUUCCUAGAAUUAUUGCUAAUGAAAUUUUUCUUAAUGAAACAAUUUGUUACUUUAACCCCAAAUGAAAGCUAUGCUUCUUCCUUUUUCUUUUUCUUUUUUUUUUUAAUUUACAGUUCUGUGGAUGAAACCCAGGUCUUUACACAUUCUAGGCAAGUGCUCUACCACCAAGCUACAUCCCCGUUCCUCCUUGCUUCUGCCUUUUAAUGGUGGCAAAACUUAACAACAACAACAACAGAAAAAUCCACAGAUCCUUUCAUUAAUUUAGGUUCAAGGUCAAGUAAUGCACUCUGCUAAUUUUAAUCCCCAAAUUUGAGCCCACCAGUUUCAUAACCUAGUAUUUUAAGCUUACUCCUUAGAAAGAUUGAAAAUUGUAUUCCCAUAUUUCAGCCAUAUUAUGGACCUAAACUGGGUGAGUCCUGUACUACAUAGAAAUAGAAAAAGUCUUCAAAGAUAUCUUGUUUUCAAGUAGAGGAAGAGUGAAUUUUGAAGAUGAAACAAUAUUGUUGGGUUUUUUUUUUUUUCUACUUAUAUCUCAAAUCCACCAUAAGGGUUUCUGGAUCAAAAUAACUUCAUAUGAAGAUCAUUACCCAUGCUUGUAUAAUAUAGACCUCAGCCACAUCUACCUGCACAAGUGAAAAGCUGAGAAUAAGUUAGCAGUGAGUCCCAGCUAAGAUUGAGAUCCAAAGGUGUGUCCUUUUGUUCUGUGGCAUCUCCUCAGCCUGUUUAGUGUUUCUGAGUCUGUUUCACCUGGGGACCAGGAACUGAGUGGAACUACUAACUUUGAGUCUGCCUGUAAAUCUUGUCCCUCUGUGGACACAAGGGCAAGAAUAAGGCUGAGGAUGGAAAAAGAGGACUGCAGGUUACCCGAGAAUCUUAAAAAUGGUUUUCUUCUUCACUGUGCUUAAAGGAAAGUCAAACAGGAGGUGGUGAUUCUGUUUAGAAGCCCUAGGCAGCAUGUCAGCAGCACAGACUGCUGUGUCAGCUGUGUGUAGUGGCUUGGGAAAGUGAGUAAGCCCCUCUGUAAAAUGAAGAUUGGGACUAUCUAACUAGGCCAUAGUAAAGAUGGAGACAAACGCUCUCCAAGAGCCUAGCAGUGUCUGACAUACAGAGUGUGCAGGGCAAACAUCAGACUGUUUAUCACUGUCAAUGCUGGGCUCUGUAUUUAUUAUAACACAAUCCAGAACAGGUAAGUGACUUCACCAACAGUUACAGGGAGCUUAACUCAUUUGAGUGUAAUGUGCAUUUAACUUUGACCCAAGUAUUCUCCAUCACAUCUUUCUAAUGAGAUUUAUGUCUGAAAUCUAGGCCAUGGCAUUGCCUUGUGUAAUUAAGAAUCCUUAAAGGAUUACAUGGUUAUACCCUAGAGUCAUAGCUGGUAUGUGUCUGCCUCAGUCUUUUGACUUCACUGCCUAGGACAUGGAAGCAAGUAUUUGGGAUGUGCUCAAUGUUUAGAUAGCCCCUAAAGCAUUUUAAAUCAUCCUUCAGUUCUUACCAUCUGCUUAAUGUGCUAAAUAAAUGCUCUCAUGUCUUUUAUUGGAUCUUCACAACAACCCUGACAGGCAGGUAUUAUCUCCAUUUUACAGACCUGAAAACUGAGGUUGCAAAAAUGGUGUGAGAUUCCAGACCAGAUGAGCUUAUUGCCAUCUCAGAAGAGGAUGCUGUACUGUGCAAAGGUUAAGCUGGAUAUCACAUUAUAUGUUUACUGAGUCCCCUUUACUCCUGAUUUUAGGGUACAUUGGCAGUUUCUCAGAUGUCUCAGACACCCCUUCUAAUGUGAUGGUGUAUGGAAAUAUAAAGCUAGCACUGUUAGGACAGCACAGAAUAACUUGGUUAUAUCAUACCUUCAAUAUAGUGGACAUUCUACAAUUAUUUACCUUGACUAUCCAAGUAGAAGUAGAUGAUUGGGUUGCAAAGAAAAAAAGUAAAGAUUCCCUAGAGGAAUUUGUAGGCAGAUAACAUCAUUCCUGAGUGUAAGCUAUUAAGAGAAAACAAGAUAAAACACAAUCUUAACUUCUAAGGAUCUGAUACAGGGAGAAAUAGAUCCAAGAAAACAGGAAGAAUUGUAGCUUUUUAACUGAAUGGUGAUACUGUAACUAAUAUACUAAAUGAUAAUACUUUGGGUUACUGAUGAAUUUGUAACCCAAAUUGGAUUUGGGAUAUUCUAGAAUCUACCCUGAAGAGCUGGUGAAUGGCUCAAGUGUUAGAGCACCUGCUUUUCAAGUGCAAAGACCUGAAUUCCAUCCUUAAUACCUCCAAAGAGUGAGGCAGGUAGGGAACUACCCUGCGAUGUGGCUAUUUAUCAAUUUACACACAUGCACAGGAAGAAAAUAAUUUUUUGAUCAAAAUAACCAGCCCUGACAAAACUAUCUUGCCCUUUUCAAAUGUUAUACUUGAAGGGCUGGUGGAGUGGCUCAAAUAGUAGAGAGCCUGCCUAGUAUGCAUAAGGCCCUGAGUUCAAACCCCAGUACCACAAAAAAAGGAUAAAUAUUACACUUGAUAGCUAAAAUGUGAUUUAAGAACAUGAAGCCAGGCACCAGUGGCUCAUGCCUAUAAUCCUAUCUACUCAGGAGGCAGAGAUCAAGAGGAUUGGGGUUCAAAGCCAGACUGGAUUGGCAAGAUCCUAUCUUGAAAAAGGACUGGCAGAGUGGCUCAAGAUGUAGGCCCUGGGUUCAAACCUCAAUACAGGAAAAAAAAAAAAGAACAUAGGAUGCCUUAGGAGUCUAGUGCAUUACACUCAGAAUCCUCAGAAUUCUAAAGGCACAUAUUGGAAUGUACCCAGUCCUGUUGAGCUCUUGGUAAACAUUUUUAUUAAAGAACUGUACAUUUAUCUUAAAUAAAAGUUUAUUUUUGAGAUAAUUUUUGCAAGUCUUUCCUUUUUCUAGAGACCUUUUUAUAAAAGCUAUGUUCAUUCUUUGUCCUUUCUCAUCUGAAUCCCUGAAGAUGACUCAGUUACCCAUUUCAAGGAAACAACUCAGGCUGAGAUGUCCCUUUUCUUGACAUACUUGAAGGACACUUUGUGUCCUCCUCUCCCAGCAGGUAAUGUGUUUCCCUCUCAAUCAACUUCCACCUUUCUGCCCCUCCCAUGAAAGAAACAAAACUCAAAGCAACUAUUACUGAAGAAUUUUAGUUCAGCUCUUCCUCCCUGUGAAUGACUGAGAAUAGGCCAGACCUGGCUAAAGGGAUGAUGCUGCAGGGUGGCAGACUAGCAGGCCUUGACAAGCAAGGAAAAGCACUCAAUGCUUUCCCCUCAUCAGCUCUCAAUAGGUAAAGAAAUUCAUUUAUGAGAAGGUUAAAUUUUUGUGAACCUCAGAAUUAUUCCACCUGAAACUUUUCCAAGCAGCGGCCUCCAAUUGUUUGAAUUAAAUUGAGUGCAAAACCUUGAAAUCAACUCAGGAUCCAGAAGAGUAAGAGGAGGAAAAUAAGCAAGCUGGAAGAAAGGGAAUCUGUCAAAAAAAAGUCUUUUUUGAAAGCUCACAGCCAUGCUUAAUAGUGAGUCUUUACUAAAUGACAUGCUGAGGUCACAGCUUUUCAGUGAGGUGAAGGUAUGUGUGAAUGGCCUUCACCGGUUGUGGCCACAGGUAUAUUGCUCACCAUGUAAGAGCUUCUGAAAAUUACAACACCCAGCUUCAGAAUGGUCUAAAAGAGCAUUCUGAACAUGUAAAGUGGUUUGCUCAGAUAACAACUGCAUAAAAAAAGUAUGACUCAUCUUUUUAAAAAUAAAAUCCUUUACAUUCGUUUGGGGAUCUGAUUUUGGUUUCUACUAUUGUAUUAAUAUUCCAUUUGCAAGUAUUCCUUGUUAAAUAUUUCCUUGAAACACCAGCAUUGG